UGUGACGUCAAGCAAGUGCCUCUCCCUGACUCCUUUCAGGUAUUCAGGAUCAUGGCCUAUAAAUUGCUGCAAGCAGCCGUGUGCUCCACCUUGCUAAUAGAAGUGUUGGGAGCACCAUUUUUGAUGGAGGACCCAGCAAACCAAUUCCUACGCCUAAAAAGACAAGUGGUACACUUGCAAGAUUUCUGGGACCCAGAUCACCACCCAGAUGAGAAGGGAACAUCACUGGCUGAUGAGGCUUGGGAAACAUGGACUUCUUUGAAAGCAAGUGCACACCGCUAUUUUGACACAAACACAUUGGCCUUUGAUAUAUCUGCUGUCCCAUAAAUGGACUUGAGUGCUGCAAAGGGAAGAACAAAAAUGGUAGGAGUUGGGACCACAGUGUGCUCAAACCACAGGCUUGGAGAGACGGGAAGACCGAAUGUGGCCUUCGCUAUAUUAUUUAUUAUGUCUAACUCAUGGAGACUAUGAACAAAACAAUGGUAAAAACCCUUGCAGACAUCUGGAUGAAGUUGGAAAUUCUCCAUAAAUGCCCAUUCUUGAGAAAGAGCAUAAAGUCUAAAGUAAAAGCAUUUACCCAAAGAGGGACUUUUCUGAAAAAGGGGAUGCAAACUUCAACAAAUAGUGCCAUUAAAACAUUCUGCUC